AUGCUCGAGAAUGAAGAAAAUACAUUUAUAUAUAUUCAGGACGAAAACUCAUUGGAAUCUGAUUUGAUCAAAACUAAAUAUAAAAGAGAACAGAUAAACUCGCAGUAUAGUUUUGACAGAUCAACCCCGAGACUUUCAUACUCGAACACAGUGAGCCCAUCCAGUAAAAAUUAUAUUGACACCAGCCACUCGAUACCGAGUAGACUUGAGAGCGUAUACGAAGGUAGGAGCUCAACUGCAGUGUCAAGCAAAACCCAGAACUGCAGAGGAUAUUUGGACGUAAAUAACAGUAGAGUGCCAGGAGGAAGAAGUUAUACAAGCGCCUCAAAAACAAACACAGGAAGAUCAAGCACGUGCAACGUUACAAUCCCCUGUGAAUCAGUUAAAAACACAAAAGCGCACCUACCAAAAAAGAAUAUAAUCAGCACAUCAACGUCAAGCACAGUCAUAAAAAACAGUGAUUACUUCGGAAAACCGUCUAAAAGUAAAAGGGAGCAAAGACAGAAUAAAAGCGUAAUAGACCUGGAAUCGCAAAAAACAAUGGAAACCAGUGUUGAUACAGAAAGCAUAAUCUCGAAAGUAGGAAGAGACGUGCUACUGGCACCAGAGUUCGCGUCAGACGAGAGAACAAGGAAGUUUUUGUCACUGUUCAGGGAACUAUACGUGGCAAUAAUAGGAUGCCAGCUAGUAUACGUGCUGACAACACUACUGUUCGGAAACGCAGCACUAUCAAUCAUAGUGACGCUGCUGCUCAUACAAAGCUGCUUCUGCCACGCAGACGGAAGGCCGAUGGCGUACCUGGUUAACGGCCUGCUGUCGCUGGCAAUAGGAAUCACAGUGAUCGUGGCACUGGCGCAGGACGUCGCAGGACUGGAGCCGUUCAGAACGGAGCCAGUGCUGAAGACGCUGUCGUACGUGUACAUCCCACUGUGCUUCCUCUUCACGCUCCUCUCAGUGUUCCUGGCCCUGGGCUUCAGGAGACUGCACCAGAACGAGAGGAAGGCAAUAGUUAACGCGGCGAACAACCUCCUGGGCAAGGAGUACUUCGUGGACCAGAAGAGCCUGCUGAUAUCUAAGCGCUCAACCAUGUAA